AUGGAACAGAAAACAUCUUCCAAAAAAACUAGUCGUAAAAUUCGUGAUUUUGUACUGGAUCAACUAGGAAAUCCUGAGGCAAUUCCUAGAAAAUAUAGUAAUAGUACUAGUACUACCAUACAAGUUGAGGACCAGGCAAUUGCUGCUGCCGUUUCCAAUGAUGUGAUAACUCCCGAUCUAACAACACAACCACAUACACAGAAAACUGAGCUUCAAAUAAAUAAUGCGUUGAACACCAAAUCAUCGAAACUUACAACUUGUACUUCGUCUUCACAGGAUCAUAAUAAUAAUAAUAAUAAUAAUAAUAAUAAUAAUAAUAAUAAUAAUAAUAAUAAUGCAAAUUUUGGUCUUGCAUCUAGACCACUCGAUCCGGAACUAGAACAAUUAUUGAAUGUGGUUAUAUUACCUUUCCAUUUGGAAAGAUUAAUGGGUUUCUCGUUAUUGGCAUGCUUUAACAUGUUUUUAUAUUAUUUCACCAUGAUUCAAAUUAGAUUUGGUUAUCUAAUAUUUGAAUUUAUAAAGAUACAGCUGAAAAAUUGUUUGUCUUUACUCAAGAGAAAUAAAAAAAGGUCCAAUUUAAAACAUAUGAAAAGUUUAAAAAAUACAAUGCCUGAUAAUAACACAAGUGACAUGAAAAAGAAAAAACAGAAAGAUGAGGUUCGUCAGUUAAUUCGAUUUUUAGGCCUUUUCAAGAUGGAUUUCUUAAUCCUUAUAGAAAUUAUUAUUGCUUCCACCACUUUAGUACAUAUUCUAGAUCCUUCUAAAACAUACCAUAAGAUUAAAGGUCAAAAUGCUAUAAAGUUAUAUGCUUUAUUUGGGUUUUUAGAGAUGGCUGAUAAGAUGUUGUCCACUAUGGGACAAGACCUAUUGUUGGCCAUGUACAAGAAAACAACUUCAUUGGGGCUAUUAUCGGGCUCAGGUGGCAAUAGCACAAAUGGUUCCAAUAAUUCUAGCGAAAACGGUACCACCACUGCUAAUGCUUCUGCUACCAAUAUUAUUCCUUCCAACGGUAAUUUAAAUAAGAACAUACUUCAGAACUGUCCACCACCAUCCUCUAUAAAAUUGUUCAUAUUAUUGUUUAUUAUAAGAUGCGUGUACUUAAUAAUUCACGCAACUGUACUGUCUUUCCAGACUGUGGCACUAAAUGUUGCAGUAAAUUCAUAUUCUAAUUCUUUAGGAACACUACUGUUGUCGAUGCAAUUUAGUGAAAUUAAAAGUAGCGUUUUCAAGAAAUUCGAUAAAGAAGGAUUAUUUCAGUUAAGCAUGGCUGAUAUAGUGGAGAGAUUUCAACUAAUUACAAUGCUAAGUAUCAUAACAAUUAGAAAUUUAACUACAACAACUGUUCCAUUUGGUUCAGCCCCAUUACCGCAAUCUUGGAUUUUAAAAUUUUUUCCCUUCAACAUCAAAAAUAGUGGUGGCUUUAUCAUAGGUGCUCUUUGUGGUCCAAUGAUAAAGGUCAUUGGUAGCGAAUUUAUAGUUGAUUGGGUAAAACAUAGUUAUAUUGGCCGAUUUAACAAAUUUAGACCAUCUCUAUAUGAUAAAGUUUUUACCAAAAUUUUAGUGCAAGACUACCUGGACCAUACAAAUUUUAAACUACAAAUAAGAUUGGGUGUUCCGAUUCAAGCACAAGUUAUCUCCUUCUUGGUAUUACUGCUUCCUAAAUUGAAACAACUUUUAGAGAACGUACCGUUUUAUAUACGAGCCUCAUGGAUUUUAAGUAUUUGGGUAUUGGUUUUAAUACUUAAAUUUUUUUUACAAUGGGGGUUAGAUAAAAUAGGGAAGAGUAUUAUCAAUGGCAGUAAUAACGUUUCUAAGAGAAGCACGUUGAUAUCUGAUCAUUCUGGACAUACCGGUACCAUGACUAAUGGGACCAAGAACAAGAACAAGAACAAGAACAAUAACACUGCUGGCAAAAGUAAUAAUAGCACUAUUAAUUCUACAUCUCUAUAUUAUGUUCCAGGUGAACUUAGUGGUGGUCAAGGUAUUGUAGAUGACAAUAUGCGCCAGGUUUUGUAUGGUGAUAAUGUGAUUCCCCCGAGUGUAAGCGAAUUGAGAAUAAGAAAGGACAGAAAAGAUUCUAAGUCAUUAGAGAAAGUUGAAAGGUACAAAAUGUCAUCUAAGAGGAUAUGGUGA